AUGUCAUACAACAUAGCAUCCUCCUCGACCCUCUCACCCGCAAAAGCCGCGGACAUGAUCUCCUUCAUGGAAUCCUUCUACGGCAUCAGCGACACCGAGUCCAAGCACGACGCCUACGUCGCCUCAUUCACGCCCGAUGCGACGUUGAUCAUGGGCCCGAAGACCGCCAAGGGCGCCGAUGAUAUCCGCACCCUCCGCCACGGCCUCUGGACACACGUCGCAUCGCGCAAGCACACGCCGACGAAGGUGUUCUUUGGCGGCGAGGACGAGCUCAUGCUCUACGGGACGGUGGAGUAUGUGCUUAGGAAUAACCCCGAGGGGGAGCCGACGGAGGUGCAGUGGGCCGGGCGGGUGGUGUUUGACUUUAGUGAGGGGAUGAGGAUGAGGUUCUAUCAGGUUUAUUUGGUGGGUUUUCUCCCUUUCCUCUUUACUUGGGGUGGAUACGAUCCCUCGGCUCAGUCGGGGAAGAAAUAG